AUGCAACAGACUCAUCAAAAUGGAACCCUUCCCACUCUUGAAUAUGGUUCAUGUAAGGAGCUUAAUUGUAAUUGCGAAGCAUUAAUACCAGUUGAAGGCGAGCCCAACAGAUGUACGAUCUGUUCUCACGAUAGUUUUAUACAUGCUGUGUUGGGACCAACAGAAUCACCACCACCCCCUACACCACCCCCCAAUAUAAUUUGGUUUUAUAAUCGUAAUGAGAAAUAUUAUGAAUUCACAAAUUUCAAAGAAGGAUAUCCAAUUGUAGCAGCACUUGUACAACCUCAAAUGGGUGAACGACCAGACGUAAGAAGUUGGCCUACAAGUGAACAUCUUUUUCAAGCAGCAAAAUUUAAAAAAUAUCCAUCAAUAUGUGAAUUAAUUAUGAAUAGUAAAACUGCAAGAGAUGCAUUAAAUAUUGCGCGAAAUUUUCAUCAAUUUGUGGAUCCAAAUUGGCAAGAAAUUAAUAUACAAGUAAUGGAAUGGGUUGUUACACAGAAAUUCGAACAACAUCCUGGAUUAGCUAGAAUGUUAGUGGAAACAGGCGAUCAAGAACUCGUUGAACAUACCGAAGUGGAUAAUUUUUGGGGAGAUGGAGGUGGUCCUAAUAAAGGACGUAAUGAAUUGGGAAAAGUUUUGAUGCGAUGA